GUUGAGUUCACUGAUUGACACGUAAAAGAGACAGGAGCGUUGCAGCUGGCAGCUGCUCCACGCUCCUUUUCUCUCUCUCUGAACUUUGGAGGAGGAACGGCGCGAUCAUCUUCCUGUUGGAGAUUUUAUGCGAAGAAUACCAAAGUUAAGAUAAUCUCGCUAUAUGUUACAGCAGCAACCUUUCCCAGUCUCUUCGACAUGAACAUGAGACGAGCGGGUUUAUCUCUGCGUGCAAUCAUCUCUUUGCUCUCGAUUUCGUUGAUCCUUCAUGAGUCUGCGGGCUCGCAUUCCCCUGCUUGGAUUAUUUCCCAUGCUAAAGUAAAGCAGGUCUCCUGGAAACCAAGAGCUUUUGUCUACGAAGGUUUCCUUACGGACGAAGAAUGUGAUCAUUUGAUAUCUCUUGCGAAACCGGAACUCAAGAGAUCUGCUGUUGCAGAUAAUGUUUCGGGGAAAAGCAAGCUAAGCGAAGUGCGAACUAGCUCAGGGAUGUUUAUCCAGAAGGGAAAGGAUCCUAUUGUUACUAGAAUAGAGGACAAGAUUGCAGCAUGGACCUUUCUUCCCAAAGAAAAUGGUGAAGACAUACAAGUACUGCGAUAUGAGAAUGGGCAAAAGUAUGAUCCACACUAUGAUUACUUUGUUGAUAAGGUUAAUAUUGCUAGGGGCGGGCACCGCAUUGCCACUGUACUUCUGUAUCUCACCGAUGUGACAAAAGGUGGUGAAACAGUGUUUCCCUCAGCAGAGGAGCCUCCACAUAGAUCACCUGCAGUAGAUGGUGACUUGUCAGAUUGUGCAAAGAAGGGAGUAGCCGUAAAACCACACAGAGGAGAUGCUCUUCUCUUCUUCAGUCUCCACCCAGAUGCUACCCCAGACCAGAGUAGCCUUCAUGCCGGUUGCCCAGUAAUUGAAGGUGAGAAAUGGUCUGCAACCAAGUGGAUACAUGUAGACUCAUUUGACAAGAACUUGGCAGCUGAUUCUGGAUGUAAGGAUCAGAAUGAGAGUUGUGAGAGGUGGGCUGCUCUUGGAGAAUGCACGAAGAACCCAUCGUAUAUGGUAGGAACUCCAGACCUCCCAGGUUACUGUAGGAGGAGUUGUAAGGUGUGUUAAGAUCUAUUAUGGUUCCUGUAGAAAAUAUCCUAUGGCCACAGGUUGAUCCUAUCUUAAAUAGCCAGACAAUGUUGUAUUAAUCAGUUUUUGUUGUAAGAAUUUUACUUUUUUUUUCCUGCUAAGUUAUUCUUUGAUUAGUCCUUCGCCUCUUUUUCUGUAUUUGAGUCGUUCAGUUAUUUGAGAAAGUGGAAAAAUAUUCAAUAGAUGAAUUAAAAAAAUUUUCCUUGCAUCA